AUGUUAACAGUAUUCUUUGUUGUACUAAUAUUAGUUCCCGUGCGGUGUUUUAACAAUAGUUCAAAGUUGCCAGAGUUGGAAAGCCGAAUUUACAGUGGUUACGAUGUGGGAAUUGACCAGUAUUCGUACGCGUCGUUCCUUUACUUCGAAACGACGUCGCCGUCUUCUUGCGGUGGCUCCUUAAUAAUGGUGCAAGCGGUUCUGACGGCUGCCCACUGUGUAGACGAGCUCCGGUACAGUAGAGGGAUAAUGUACGCUUACUUCGGUGGGACCAUUCCCAAUAAGUUUAGGGCUGUGAGGCAGGUUGUGGAUUAUGAGAUAAAUCCCAAAUAUGACGAGGAGAAAGGCAGGAACAACCUGGCAGUGGCCUUUUUGAGCGAUCGAGUACCGCUGCAGCACUACAUUAAAAAGAUACCAUUGACGACGAAGGAGCCUAAAGUAGAGGAUAUUUUAUUUUCUGCGGGCUGGGGCAAGCAACGGGUAACCGAAAAACCUACAAAGUUGCCAGACUUCAGCAAGGCACGAUCGCUGAAAGCCACGAAGCAGAGAGUACUGGGUCGAAACGAUUGCAACAAAUACGCUGGCUUCAAGGUGUCGGCGACAACUUUGUGCACUAUGCCAGAAAUCGGCCAUUUUUUCAAAGACGACGCUGGCAACGGGCUGGUGCAGAAGCAUCCUGUCCUGGUCCUGGUGGGGGUCCUGUCGUUCGUCUCCAACGGCAUCAGCGUCAGCACCGGAGUAUUCACAAGCAGGGACUGGAUCAUCGCUGCUACUCAUAGACUUUACGUUAGUAAUUGCCCUAAAAAAACAAAGAAAUCGUAA